UUUCGUAUAUUGGAUAUAGCCUGAUAAGGAGAAAUGGUUAGAGUUAGCGUGCUGAAUGAUGCUCUCAAGAGCAUGUACAACGCUGAAAAGAGGGGAAAGCGUCAGGUCAUGAUUAGACCUUCCUCAAAAGUCAUCAUCAAGUUCCUCAUUGUCAUGCAGAAGCAUGGUUACAUUGGAGAAUUCGAGUACGUUGAUGAUCAUAGGUCAGGAAAGAUUGUUGUUGAACUGAAUGGAAGGUUAAACAAGUGUGGUGUUAUUAGUCCUCGCUUUGAUGUUGGAGUGAAGGAGAUUGAAGGAUGGACUGCUAGAUUGCUCCCUUCCCGACAGUUUGGGUACAUUGUGCUGACUACAUCUGCUGGUAUCAUGGACCACGAGGAGGCUCGGAGAAAGAAUGUUGGCGGAAAAGUUCUUGGUUUCUUUUAUUGAGUUUGUUAUGUUGACAAGAAUGAUAACUUCAGUUUUGCUGUCUUCUUUUUACAGUAAAAUAGCUACUCUUAUUUUUAAGUAGGGAUUUUAUUGAACAUUUUGGAGACAAUUAUCAGUGUUUGCUGUCAAACUGUGUCUGGUGCCUACUGCCUUUGUUGUAAGCUUUGUGCCGUUUGCAGGCAAUGCGCAUUUUUGUGCUUUUAAUGUGGAGAUGCCUGUU